GCAAAGAGCGGGUGGGUAGCAACAGUUGCCCCGGUGAGGACGAAGCGCCAUAGCCACGGUAGUCCUGGCGACAAGAACCAAGCAACGAGAAUCAACAACAACACGAUUCUUAAAAAAAUAAUAAAAUACAAAAUACCGGGUGAAAAUUCACAGGAAUUUAGAGCCAAAAGACGAACUGCUCAGCUAGCGACCAGGCUGACCGGGCGGAGAGGUCCUCUGCGGAGCUCAGGGGUCAAGGGACGGCACGCUUAGCAAAGCCAAAGUCUGAUGACCGUGAUGGCGACUCCAGGCUACGCGGGGGAGCUGCAGCAGGCCUCGCAACCACAGGGUGGCGCUGUGGGCGCAGCUCCCGGGCAGCCCUCGACCGCUCCCCCCGUAACACUCCCGGGUCCGCCUCAGUUUCUGACCGACCUGCAGACCGGCGCCGCCGCCCCGACCACCACUCCGCCGGCCGGACAGAGCACGCCGCCCACCCCCGCAGCCGCUCCCACGCUGCCGAAGAGUGUGGCGGCCGCCCCCACCACUCCGACGCAGUACGUCACUGCUGAGAUCCAGAGCUCCCCUGCACAGUCCAGCAGCGGUCAGGCCGCAGCCCAGUACAUUGUGGUGACCGUCACAGGUAUGGCGCUGGAAAUGCACGCAAGCCCUGACACGUGCACGCAAGGCGCUCUGCACUCCAGCGACUCCGUCUCGGAUCACAGCCCCCCCGCAGCGCCGGUGCAGACGGGGGUCCCCACGCAGGUGGUGCAGCAGGUGCAGCAAGUCCCAGUGCAGCAUGUGUACACCAGUCAGGUGCAGUACGUGGAAGAAGGAGAUACCAGCUACUCCACCAGCACUAUACGUUCUGGCAGCUACCCCUACUCCGAAAGCCCGCUGUACAGCCAAGCCGUCACCACGCCUUACUACGAGGCCCCGCCCGCCUCGGGGUCACAGGUCACAACCCCCGUGACCUCACAGACAGCACCGGCGUCAGCCGGCACCAGCACGGUGUCCAUGUUCGUCACUGGGCCUGGGCAGAUUGUGGCCACCGCCCCCUCGGCCACAGGAGGAGGGGCGCCAGCGGUAGUGGCGGGCGGAGCCUCUGGCGGAAGUGGUACUGGGGGUGAGGGUAGCGUCACGGGGGGCAGCUAUGUCAUCCAGAGUGGGUAUGUGCUGGGAAGCGGAAGCAGCAGCAGCAGCAACAACAGCAGCAGCAGCAGUAACCAGAACUACUCACACAACGCGCGGGCAUCGCCGGCCACCGUGAGUAUACUGACAGAGGGAGAGGCCAAUAGCGUGCCGUCGGCAGACAAAAAGGUGCAGUGGCUCCUGGAAAAUUACGAGACGGCGGAGGGCGUGAGCCUGCCGCGCUCCACCCUCUACUGCCACUACCUGCUGCACUGCCAGGAGCAGAAGCUGGAGCCGGUGAACGCCGCCUCCUUCGGGAAACUCAUCCGCUCCGUCUUCAUGGGGCUGCGCACGCGGCGGCUGGGCACACGGGGCAAUUCAAAGUACCACUACUACGGGCUGCGGAUCAAGGCCAGCUCCUCCCUGCAACGGCUGAUGGAGGACCAGCAGCACCUAGCCAUGAGGCAGCAGCCCUUCUCGCAGAAGCAGAGGAUAAAGCCGGUCCAGAAGGUGGAGGGCAUGACGAAUGGGAUGGGCCUGGGGGCGGGCCAGCAGCAGCCGGCGGGGCUGUCUGACAUCAGCUCCCAAGUGCAGCAGUACCAGCAGUUCCUGGACGCCUCCCGCACCUUGUCCGAGUUCCCCGAGAUUGACUUGCAGGGCAGACCUCUGCCAGAGGGCAUAGAGUUGGAGCACAUCAAGAGCUUCCAGCUGCUGUACCGGGAGCAUUGUGAGGCCAUUCUGGAUGUGAUGAUCAACCUGCAGUUCACUCUGGUGGAGACCCUGUGGAAGACCUUCUGGAGGUUCAGCGAGGCGCAGGCGGCCAGCACAGGCCACGACGAGUCUGAGAAGCGACUGCCCAAGUCAUGCCUGGUGCUGCUGUGCAAGUACGAGCCGGUACUGCGCUGGAGCCGGCAGUGCGACAACGCCCUCUAUCAAGGCCUGGUGGAAGUGCUCAUCCCUGAUGUGCUGCGGCCCAUCCCCAGCGCCUUAACACAAGCCAUUCGCAAUUUUGCCAAGAGCCUAGAGAGCUGGCUGACCAACGCCAUGAUCUGCAUUCCCGAGGAGAUGGUCCGCAUCAAGGUGACGGCAGCCAGCGCGUUUGCGCAGACACUGCGCAGGUACACGUCCCUCAACCACCUGGCACAGGCAGCUCGCGCAGUCCUCCAGAACACCACGCAGAUCAACCAGAUGCUCAGCGACCUCAACCGCGUGGAUUUCACCAACGUGCAGGAGCAGGCCUCAUGGGUGUGUCGCUGCGAGGACCGGGUGGUCCAGCGCCUGGAGCAGGACUUCAAAGUCACACUGCAGCAGCAGAACUCGCUGGAGCAGUGGGCCGCCUGGCUGGACGGGGUGGUCUCCCAGGUCCUAAAGCCCUACCAGGCUACCGCCGCCUUUCCCAAAGCCGCUAAGCUCUUCCUCCUGAAGUGGUCCUUCUACAGCUCCAUGGUGAUCCGUGACCUGACCUUGCGCAGCGCCGCAAGCUUUGGCUCCUUCCACCUGAUCCGGCUGCUGUAUGACGAGUACAUGUACUACCUGAUAGAGCAGCGGGUGGCCCAGGCCAAGGGCGAGACGCCCAUCGCUGUCAUGGGGGAGUUCGCCAGUCUGGGCAGGAGCCUGAACCCACUGGAUCCUGACAAAGAAGAGGAAGAGGAGGAAGAUGAGGAGAGCGAGGAGGAGGGCCAGGAGCUGUCACUUGCUGCCGCGGACCCCGUGGACUUGGACGUGGAGACAAUGGAGCCCCCCGCUAAGCUGGCCAGGACGGACCUUCAGGGGGUGCUGUUCAGCACCACAGACAACUGAGCGUGUGCCAGAGCAUGGCUGUUUUCGCGUGUGGUCCAGCCUUACCAGGCCUUACUGGGCCUUACCGAACAGAACCGGGAAGAGCAUUAAUUUAGUGGGCAGACACAUUCACUAAAUGGGCUGCAUUGCGGCUGUCCUGCACUCCCACCAAACCUGAUGGGCAGCUGGCUAAAGCCCACAGUACCUGUCAGUCACUGGUCCUAGGGUCCUAGCACAGCCCUGGCGCUGUCUCCCCCCACCCUCCCGGAGGUGCUUGCGCUGUGCUGUUGGGUGGGUGGUGUUGCAUUGGUGUAGUAUGGUCUGCUGUGUCUGCACUUAAGGAUCAUGGUAUUUGUGGUAUUGGGCCUGUAGGUGUUCCUGUGUGCCUUUGGUUUUGUUAUAGUGGUUUCUGUGAUGAAGUCAUCACUCAGUCAUGGAAGAGGAGAUCCAUCAUGUAAUGAUUUAAAACGGCGUCAGUCAUCUGUGAAUUGCUGACCCAGUACAAUAGAAAAUGUUUAAUUAUAACAUCAACUAGAGUUGUUACACAGAAUAUUCAGCUUAAAUUAGUUUUCCCUUCAUGUCCUCUUUGAAUUCCACCAGCGUGUUCCUGGUUUGAUUACUGUAGCAGUAACCUCUCCUGGCGCAGACUUUCACUGUCUGCUGUAUUAGUGCCAUGCUUUCAUUUGCCGCUUUAAGACUCUGCCAUCAGACUGGUAGGAGAAGUUGACUGCACUGCUUUGAUUUCAUGAAAUCAGGAAUUUCCAGACAUUCAGCACUGCCCCCCCAGUGUGUUUCAGUGUUCCUUUCACAAUCUAAAACUAAGAGUUUCUCAUGGACAGACCAACUGUAAGCUGCCCUGAGGGGGAUUUCGUUUCCUUCUUGCUUUAUGAGGCAGACUCUGAGCAGGGCGCAGUAAAUCUGAGGUCCCCAGGCCAGCACUGCGCCAGUGACUCUGAGCAGGGCGCUGUAAAUCUGAGGUCCCCAGGCCAGCACUGCGCCAGUGACUCUGAGCAGGGCGCAGUAAGUCUGAGGUCCCCGGGCCGGCACUGCGCCAGUGACUCUGAGCAGGGCGCUGUAAGUCUGAGGUCCAUGGGCCGGCACUGCGCCAGUGAUUAUCACUUCAUUUUCAGACAAACGCUGAGGUACUCCCAGUGCUCCGCAGAAUGGCACCUUUUCAAAUAUCACUUCACACUAAAGCCUGGAAAUCAUAGAUCCUUAAACAUACCACGUUGAUCUUGAGAUUCCAAUACUACCAUUUUUAUUUGUAAAAAAGAAAAACAGAUUAGUGGAAUAUGGCAUUUUGUAUAUCUUUUCAUAAUUGUAUUAUACUUCGUAAUAAUAAAAAAAAAAACAAAUGUGCGAACAUUUUAUGACUGAAGCAGAAUGCUUGUGCCUUUGGAAAUACCCGAAUGCAGCGCAUAUGUUUUUAAUUUUAAAUGGCAUAAAUAAAGCAUUUUUAAUGAUG